ACACUUCCACUUUCCACAUAUUUACUUCAAAUCUCUCCAUUAAAACAAACAGCAUUCAACUUGACACAGACAAAGCUUAAAGAAAAGCAUAGUGAAAUUACCUCGAAAGUUUAAAAGCCAUGGCUCUCCAAGCAACUUCUUUACUUCCAUCUGCUAUCUCAGUCUGCAAAGAGGGGAAGCCCAAUGCUUGUUCUCUGAAGGACACAAGUCUCUUUGGAGUUUCAGUCUACAACGUCAAAGCUGAAUUCAAGCCAUACCCCAUUACAAGCCAGGAAUUCAAACGAAAAAUCUCUGUUAAACCUAUUGUAGUCCAAACAGUCACUACUACUCCAGAAAUCAACCAGGCUGCACCAGAAGCAAAGAAAACUUUGAGAAAGGGCAAUGUUAUAAUCACUGGAGCCUCCUCUGGGCUAGGUCUAGCCACAGCAAAGGCUUUAGCUGAAACAGAAAAAUGGCACAUCAUUAUGGCCUGUAGAAACUUUCUCAAGGCCGAAAGGGCUGCUAAAUCAGCUGGCAUUGCAAAGGAGAACUACACCAUUAUGCAUCUGGAACUUGCUUCCCUUGACAGUGUCCGCCAAUUCGUAGAUAACUUCCACCGUUCAGGAAGGCCACUCGAUGUGCUGGUUUGCAAUGCUGCGGUCUACUUGCCUACUGCAAAGGAGCCGACUUUCACCGCUGAAGGGUUUGAACUCAGUGUUGGCACAAACCAUCUUGGACACUUCCUCCUGUCAAGGUUACUGCUUGAUGACAUGAACAAAUCAGACUACCCAUCAAAGCGUCUAGUCAUUGUUGGCUCCAUAACAGGAAACACAAACACCUUGGCUGGGAAUGUGCCUCCAAAGGCUAACCUCGGGGAUCUGAGGGGACUUGCAGGAGGCUUGAAUGCGAUAAAUGGCUCGCCCAUGAUAGAUGGGGGUGAUUUCGAUGGUGCCAAGGCCUACAAAGACAGCAAAGUAUGCAACAUGCUAACAAUGCAAGAGUUUCACAGACGUUACCAUGAGGAGACAGGAAUAACUUUUGCUUCCCUCUACCCUGGUUGCAUUGCUACGACAGGCUUGUUUAGGGAACACGUCCCCUUGUUCAGGCUACUAUUUCCACCCUUCCAAAAGUACAUCACCAAGGGUUACGUCUCUGAAGAAGAAGCUGGAAAAAGACUUGCACAGGUGGUAAGUGAGCCAAGCUUAACAAAAUCGGGAGUAUACUGGAGCUGGAAUAAGAAUUCUGCCUCAUUUGAAAACCAGCUUUCUCAAGAAGCCAGUGACACAGAGAAGGCACGUAAAGUAUGGGAGAUCAGUGAGAAGCUUGUCGGAUUGGCUUAACAAGGAGUUACAGACACAGAAUUCAGUAAUAAAUUUCAGACCUAUGAGAAACAUUACUGAGAAACUGAUCUGUAAAGUACUCAAUGAUUGUAAUCAGUUUUCUCCUGUUAUACAGAAACUUUACUAGAAACAUGACACAGUAGUGUUUUUUUGAUCAAUUUCAGACCUAUGAGAAAUACUACUGAGAAAGUUAUCUGUGAAGUACUCAAUGAUUGUAAUCAGUUUUCUCCUGUUAUACAGAGACUUUACUAAAAACA